UCGCACAGUAUAUAUCUGUCCCUGGAAACAAACACAUCUGUAAAGAAUUCGCAUCUCGUUUUAUACAACGUAUCAUCUAUAUUAUUAUAUAAUAUUGAUAUCAACAUGGAUUACGAUUUCUCUAACAAAGUGGUGCUAGUUACUGGCGCGAGUGCCGGUAUAGGCGAGGCUAUAGCUCUCCUGUUCGCCAAACUUGGUGCGAAGCUGUCGCUGGUGGGAAGAAAUGAAGCUAACUUGCGAGCAGUCGCGGCCGAGUGCGAGAAGCAGAAGGGCGUGAAGCCGCUGGCGAUCGUCGCGGACCUGGGGACUGAUGAGGGGGUCCAGAAGACUGCCAAGGAGACCCUCGAACAUUUUAAGAGGCUGGAUGUCCUGGUGAACAAUGCUGCCAUCGGCGCCCGCACCACAAUCCUACACGAGACAGACAUGAAGAUCUUCGACGACGUGUUCAGGACCGACGUGCGCGGCGUGUACCUGCUCACCAAGCUGCUGGUGCCAGCCCUCAUCGAGACCAAGGGCAACAUCAUCAAUGUCUCCAGCGUAUCAGCUACUAUGGUAGCAUUGGGCUCCUUGCCGUACGGAAUGGCAAAGGCUGCUCUAGACCACUUCACUCGCCUCGUGUCUCUGGAGCUGGCUCCUAAGGGCGUCCGAGUCAACGCAGUCAGCCCAGGAAUGACUGUGUCCAACUUCGUGAAGCGUUUAACAGGCUCCACAGACGAGGAGUACCAGAAGUGGUUGGCGGCAACCAGUAAACAUAUCCCAAUGGGGGAGCCGUGCGUGGGAGACGACAUCGCCAGGAUGGUGGUGCACGUCGCCAGCGAGCACAGCAGGCUGGUCACUGGCACCAUCGUGGAAGUGGACGGGGGCAUGAGAUUCGGCAACUUUUCGAAUGCGUUCUCCUCGCAAGCUAAGUGACUGUUGAGAAUCUGAAGAUGUUUUAAUGCUGUAUCGUCGUUUAAAAUAUAGUGAUUAUGGUUGUAGUUGUACAAUGUACAUUACAUACUCCUGGCCCGUGGCACAUAAAUAUUCUUACAAUAUAAUUUGAUAGACGUGAAA